AUGGAAGGAGAAAAUGUGAGUUUUCCCAGCACAUUUAUCUUAUUGGGCUUCUCAGAGCACCCGUGGCUAGAGAUUCCCCUCUUAGGAGUGGUCCUGGUCUCCUACGUCCUCAGUCUGAUGGGAAACAGCUCCAUCAUCCUUCUCUCCCUGCUGGAGCCCAGACUCCAGACCCCUAUGUACUUCUUCCUGGGCCAUCUGUCUGUGCUGGACCUCUGUGUCACCUGCACCAUUGUGCCACAGCUACUGGCCAACCUUUGGGGACCAGAGAAGACCAUCACUUCCUGGGGUGGCAUCACACAGGCUUACCUUUUCCACUGGACAGGCUGCACUGAAUGUGCCCUGCUGGCAGUGAUGGCCUUCGACCGAUACGUGGCUAUCUGCCGGCCCCUCCAGUACACUCUCAUCAUGUGUCCUUGGGUGUGUGUGCAGCUGGCAGCCACAGCCUGGUCCAGUGGCCUGGCCAAUUCCGUGCUCCAAGCCACACUCACCGUUCAGCUUCCCCUCUGUGGUCACCACCUCCUGGACCACUUCUUCUGUGAGGUACUUGUUCUCAUCAAGUUGUCCUGUGGUGAUACCACUGCUAAUGACUUGUCCCUGGCCAUUGGAGUCAUCCCUUUUACACUGGUGGCUCCCCUUCUUGUACUCAUCUCCUACACAUUCAUUGCUAAGGCUGUACUGAAGUUACUUUCAGCUGAAGGAAGGUACAAGGCACUCAGCACCUGCAGUUCCCAUUUGGUGGUUGUCAUCAUGUAUUUUGGGCCAGGCAUCUACGUGUACCUCCAGCCCCCUGCCAAAAGUACCCAAGCCAAGUUCAUGUCCUUCUUCUACUGCAUUGUCACCCCACUGCUCAAUCCACUCAUCUACACCCUGAGAAACAAGGAUGUGAAGAGAGCAUGGAAGAGGAUCCUAUAA